GUUAAAAAAUUAGGGGACAAAUUUGAUUAUUUUAUCAUGGAUUAUUUUUAAAGUGUUUGAAUAAAUGCAAAGAAAAGGUAAGCUUAAAACAAACCAUGAUUUCCUGCUAAAAGUUUCAGUUUUGCUCGAGUUGCGAGCCCACCAUACAUGGACCUUACCAGCGGCUAACUUCAGUAACUGACUACGAGGGAAGUAAAAUUGGAGGAUGGAAGGGCGAAAAAGUUGUCUCAUACUUCGGCAUUUUGAAGCAUUUUUAGAUGACUAAAUGGCUAGAUCUACCCUAAGUGCAGACCUUGAGUUCCAUAUUCUUCAUAACUAUCCCUGGUCCAAACUUCCGACUAACAUCAAGCAGUCGCUGUUUAACAGCCAAAAGGAGUGGGAAAAAUGCGUUUUCGAUUACAGUGUGAGGAAUCAGCUGAGGUAUCGCGGAAAUAUCGUACGGCAAGUCAGACGAGAUGAGAGAAAGUACUACGAAGAUUUACUGCAAUACAGUAAGCAACAUCUCAUGCUUUUUCCGUACCACCUGUCAGAUGUCAUAGUGAAAGGAUUGAGGAUCACUCCAUUCUCAUACUACUGCAGCAUCAUGGAGAGCAUCAUGGCAAAUGAAAGGAGUUAUGACUCAUUACCAAACUUCACUGCAGCUGAUUGUCUACGACUUUUGGCUAUUGGCAGAAAUCAGUACAUUGAACUAAUGAAUCAGUGUCGAUCAUCCAAGAAAUUCUUCAGAAAGAAGCCUGUAAGAGACCUCCUCCCAACUAAGCCUGCCUUGUUGAAAGUUCUAGAGCCUUGGUGGAUUGUGCAGAUUGGUUAUGUAACAGAAGAUGAUAUCAGGAUGUGUUCAAAUGCCGAGCAUCAGGCUAUUGAUUCCAUCAUUGACAAAGGCCCUGUGCGAGCUGGAAUGAUGGACCUUAAAGUCGUGCAAGGUUUAUACACAAAAGGUCUUAUCUACAUAGAUGUCCCAAUUGCUGAUGAUGACUACAUAGUCGUUCCACCUUUAGAGAAUUUUGUGAUGAACAGAGUGCUGGGUGAUUAUUUUGAAGUUCUAAUGUACAAGAUAUUUGUUUCUAUAGAUGAGCACACUAACAUAGCAGAGUUAGCAAAUGUUUUACAGAUUGAUUUACAAUUAGUUAAGAAUGCUGUGUCAGUUUACAUUCGGUUGGGAUUUGCCCACAAGAAGGGCGAAGAAAUGGACGAGAUGAAGCUACACCACUCCUGGACAGAGAAAGUCAACAGUUUGGCAAUGAAAAGAUAUGGAAGCAGAGACAAUUUGUUGACUCUAGAUCUUAACAACCUUCCUGAGAAGACAAAUUCUGUGUCUUCACUGGACGCUCCGGCAACUGAUGCCCAAGAAACAAAUGGAGAAUUGUCCACUACAGAGAACAUUUCAGGAGGGAAUUCUAAGAGAAUUGCAUUCCUAUUUGACUCUACACUGACGGCAUUUCUUAUGAUGGGCAACCUCUCACCGGGUUUAAAGAGUCAUGCUGUCACCAUGUUUGAAGUUGGAAAGCUCACAGACGAAUCCUUGGACAGCUUUCUUGGGGAGCUUGAAAAGGUGGAUAGUGUGGCAGAAGGCGAAGCACAGCGAUAUUUUGACCACGCCAUCACACUUAGGGACACUAUCCUGUUCUUGAGAUACAACAGGAACCUUGGUUUAGAACCUGGUCAAGUACCUGCUAAGGGCUUAGAUCUGUUGCGAUGUGAAAGUCUUAACAGUUUAGAUUCUGCUGCCUGUGGUCGGGUACUACAGAAAAACUACAGCUUAUUAGUGUCCAUGGCCCCUCUUAGCAACGAGAUUCGACCCGUAACGAGCUGUUGCCCGCCACACAUUGGUCCAGCUGUACCCGAGGUCAACUCAGUUUGGUUUAAACUCUUCAUAUAUGACCAAGUGAAAAAUGGUCCGCCGUCACUUCUUUUAGUCAAGGGUACAAGACUGACAUGGUUACCCAAGAUUUUUGAGGAUUAUGAAAGAUUAAUGAUAACAACGUGGGGUCACGAUCCAGGAAUUGUUCCCGUGUCUAACGUUUUAUUGGCGCUCAACGACGCAUUGUCCCACUCUGCAGUUUUAGUACAGGCUCAUGGAGUGCACACUGAAGGAGAUGUAGUGUAUGUACCUUUUCCAUUAGACUGUAAAUACGGCGAACCGUUCUCCGAAGACAACAUGGAAGCGCACCCCGCCGUUCAACAACUCUCGAAAUGUCUCGACCUUGAACACACGUGCGGCUUCAUCUCGAUGUUAAAGCCUUCGGUGACUAAACAAGCGGCGAACGCGCGCCGAAGGACCAUUUCGGCAAAUUUCGGGAUGCCUUCGCCCGCUGCGAACGAUCCUCGGUCGCUGUCGCCACUGAUCGUCAUCAACGACGCGGACAGCAGCCAGGACUCGGCGAGCGACGAACAAAACGAAGAGGACGGAGUGGACCCGAUGUCGUGUAGUUCUGUGGAUGACAUGGUAAUGGUUGGCAAGGGCAAGAAGGAGAAUGAAGAAGAAGCCAUCGCUGGUAAAUGGUUGCCGUUAGACCUGUGCUAUGGUCUGCCUCUGUUCGAUGGAGACUUGUGUAAACAGGUCUAUCAGAAGAUCUCUUCCAAAGGAUUAUGUCAUGAAGACAGUUUAAAUUCACUAGUGCACUCCAGCCGAAAACUCACUCUGAGGGUAUUGGAUUUUAUAUCCAAGCAUCAGGACGCCUCGCUCUUUCAAGAAUCAGCCAGCGAUUUGAACACAUUCUCUCCACAAGGGCUUGGUUCUUCAGCGUCAGUUAUCCCUUAUCCAACUCGUAACCUCUCCUUCUACAACGGCCAACUUGGGGUCUGGGACGGCAGGUGACAAAAACUCCUGACAUGACGUAACCAAUAAUACUGAAUCUCUAUUUCCAAUGCAUUUUGUACGAUAUAUCGAAGUUGAGGGAAAAUAUUUGAAAAAGUAACAAAAUUAAGGCCCAGUCCAUGAUAUGAGGUCUAGAAUUAUUUGAAAUCUUACAUUUCCUGCAAAUAUCUGGACAGAGGCAAGUUUACAAGAUUCGCUUGUUUUACAUCAGUUCACGGUUUCUAUGGCUAUUUUAGAGGCAGCGUUUUAAUAAGGCAAUUUCAGUUCGCAGGAACAUGCUAGGCAAUUCCUUGCCCGUCUUGACCUGUAAAGCCUCAUAACGAGUUGGGUAAUAAUUAAUCAUGUGCGUUUAUUCUAACUUAAUCUCCUAAGGCGUUUGAAGUAACUCCUGGCGUCAUUUUUGCCUAGAAAUGGUAUUUAUGUGCAUAUAAUAACCAUUUAUUCCUGAAUUUAUAAAAGAAAACGAGAACCUUUUACGGGCUCUUAUAAACAAGUGUACGCAUAUUUAUCCCGUCUUUGAAAGCUCCCUUGAAGGUAUCCCGCAGGCCUUUGCACAGGUAUUCAUUCGGAUGUUUUGGCGGGAAACAGCCGGGACCUGUGCGGAAGUACACUGUGCCGCGUCUGUCACAGAGCAAAACUGUUUCCCGCCAAAAAUCUGAAUGCAUAAAUGACCAUAAACGCUGCAUUACCCUCCCCCUGUAUACCCAGAAUUUCAAGGUACCCCUGUAUUUUACUUAAAAGUCCCUUCCAUUUCCCAAAUGGUAGCCCGAAAUAAUGCUUAAGUGGAAAACGGUGUAAAUGAAUGUUUUUUUUUAUUAACCUCCAUCUCAGUUGGUUUUUUUAAAAUAUUUUCUUUGAACUAGUUGAUCGAAAAGAGAUAACUUGACAGGGCUUUUGAGACAUGUAUUGCGAUGAAAUUAAUGGUUUUCCAACGAGUGAAACCACAUUAUUUCGCGAUAAUUACCUCGCAAAUGUGUCGUGUCAUUGCUCUGAAGAUCAAAAUCACUGCGACUCUGCCCAACAAGGAGUAUCUUUUCUUCCAGCUAGUCGUAAUUGUAGACUCAUAACGUCAUUUCUUAAUCGAAUUAAGUUUAUGGUGUAGGGUACAGGUGAAU